AUGUUGGAUGAAGAGAAGGAGAUCUUCUUCCAAUGGUUCAAGAGAAAGGUUACUUGGAGACCUGAACUUGAGGAGAAAAUUAGAAAGAUUUUCAACACAAAGGCCUCUCAUAGACUUUCUGAAAUCUUCAUGGAAGCAAGAAAAACUGGGAAAAAACCUCACUGGAUGUUUGAUAGAGUAUGGAGCAGUUUGCUUGCUAAGUGGAACCAACCCAAGUUUCGAUCAAAGAGUGCUCGUGGCUCAAUCACCAUCCAUGAGCAUGCCUUUCGCAUGGCAGAACAAUUGGGUCGUCCUGUACAUUUUGAUGAGCUUUUCCACUAUACUCAUGUUCGCAAGAAUACCGGUGAUUUUGUAGAUCACAGAUCUAAACAAACAUAUGAGGAAUUUCAAACUGUAUUUUCCCAAGCAAGAUCUGAGGCCGCUUCUUGUGGUGAAGGAGAAGAAAUAUCUCCAUUGGACCCAAGUGAAGAAGAGAAGUUAAGGAAAAAAAGUUGGUUAGUUACCGCUAGUGGCAAAAAUCCUAAGGGAAGGGUAUAUGGGGUUGGAAAAUUGAAUGAAAAUCAUCUUUGCGGGGAAGCCUUCACACAACAACCAUCUAGUUCUGCAGUUAUGGAUUCACAAAAGAUUCUAAGGUUGGAAGAAGAAAUUCGUCAAUCUAGGGAGGAGUUUCGUCAAUCUAGGGAGGAGAAUCAAUGA